CCCGGAUGUGAUGUCACCGUAGGCACCGACGGCCUGAGAGAGCUCCUGUCUGUCGUAGUACAUUGGGGUGGAGUUGUGCGGGAUACUGAGUUUAGCGCUCAUUGUGAAAAUGAAUGUAAUAGAUCAUGUACGGGACAUGGCAGCGGCCGGGCUGCACUCUAAUGUGCGAUUACUGAGCAGUCUCCUACUGACUAUGAGCAACAACAACCCGGAGAUGUUUUCUCCAUCACAAAAGUACCAGUUGCUUGUGUACCACGCGGACUCUCUGUUCCAUGACAAGGAAUACAGAAAUGCUGUCAGCAAGUACACAAUGGCUCUGCAGCAGAAGAAAGCUUUAACCAAGACUUCCAAAGUUAGACCAGCCACAGGAAAUGCAGCGGCCACCCCACAAAAUCAGUGUCUUCCAUCAGAGAUUGAGGUGAAAUAUAAAAUGGCUGACUGUUACACCAUGCUGAAACAGGACAAGGAUGCCAUUGCCAUUUUAGAUGGAAUUCCUUCUCGGCAGAGAACCCCAAAGAUUAACAUGAUGUUAGCUAAUUUGUACAAGAAAGCUGGACAGGAGCGUUCUGCAGUAACCAGUUACAAGGAGGUUCUGAGACAGUGCCCACUGGCACUUGAUGCCAUACUAGGAUUGCUCUCUCUCUCUGUAAAAGGAGCAGAAGUUGCGUCUAUGACUCUCAAUGUCAUCCAGAGUAUUCCCAAUCUAGACUGGCUUUCUGCCUGGAUCAAAGCCUAUGCAUUUGUGCACACUGGAGACAACACCAGAGCUAUCAACACUAUCUGUUCUCUAGAAAAGAAAUCUUUACUAAGGGACAAUGUAGAUCUCCUGGGGACUUUGGCAGAUUUGUAUUUCCGUGUUGGCGACAAUAAAAAUGCCAUUCUUAAGUUUGAGCAAGCUCAGAUGCUGGAUCCUUAUCUCAUAAAAGGAAUGGAUAUAUAUGGCUACUUGCUGGCUCGUGAAGGUCGACUAGAAGAUGUGGAGAAUCUCGGCUGCCGCUUGUUCAAUAUAUCUGAUCAGCAUGCUGAGCCGUGGGUGGUUUCUGGGUGCCACAGCUUUUAUACCAAGAGACAUUCCAGAGCCCUGUAUUUGGGAGCCAAGGCUAUCCAGCUGAACAGCAAUAGUGUUCAGGCCUUACUACUUAAGGGGGCAGCAUUAAGAAACAUGGGAAGGGUGCAGGAAGCAAUCAUUCAUUUCCGAGAAGCAAUUCGACUGGCACCUUGUCGGCUCGACUGCUGUGAAGGUCUCAUUGAGUGCUAUUUGGCAUCCAGCAGCGUACGUGAAGCUAUGGUGAUGGCCAACAAUGUCUAUAAAACCCUUGGAGCAAAUGCACAAACUCUAACUCUUUUGGCAACUGUGUGCCUGGAAGAUCCUGUUACCCAAGAGAAAGCAAAAACAUUGUUAGACAAAGCGCUCAUUCAAAGACCGGAUUAUAUAAAGGCUGUGGUGAAGAAAGCAGAGUUACUCAGUCGAGAGCAGAAGUAUGAUGAAGGAAUUGCCUUGCUUCGUAAUACCCUUGCAAACCAGAGUGACUGUGUAUUACAUCGGAUGUUAGGAGAUUUUCUUGUGGUGGUUAAUGAGUUUCAGGAAGCUAUGGAUCAGUACAGCAUUGCACUCAGUUUGGAUCCGAAUGACCAAAAAUCCUUGGAGGGAAUGCAGAAAAUGGAGAAGGAAGAGAGCCCUACAGAUGCCACACAGGAAGAAGAUGUGGAUGAUAUGGAGGGGAGUGGGGAAGAGGGAGACCUAGAGGGCAGUGACAGUGAAGCUGCUCAGUGGGCAGAUCAGGAGCCGUGGUUUGCAAUGCAGUGAAGUUGGACUUAACUUUUAAUAAAAAUGAAUUGGAAGAUGCUAUAUCCCUAGCAAAGCUUAAAGAGAUGACGUUGUGUCGAUGAAAUGGAGUUGAAUCACAAUAACUGUUAUGUAACUACUGCUCAUUGUCCAUCAUUGGACACCACAUUAUAAAACCUAGACUUUUACAUCAUCUUUUAGGAGGAACCAUUACCAGUCUUUCUUUCUGCAUGUGCUCCUGCCCCAUGUUCCAUUGUAAAACCUUCUUUAGAGUUCCCAAAUUCAUCCUUCCUUUGGUAUCCUCCUUUCAGUCGUUUCAAAUGAAAAACUCCCGGCCGUAUCAGAAAGUGCCAUUAUUUUCAAUGGACUAUUUAAAAAAAGAAAUGCUGUUGUGUGAAUCUUCAGAAAAAGUUCCAACUUAGAACCGGAAAUGCAAACGUUUAUGGGUAAAGGCUCGGCAUAGUCAAGGCUGUCAGAAGAAUCAUGUCUUUAUGUGACUUGUAAUCCUUGUGAAUUGUUCAGCACUUACAUUAGAAUUUACAUUCUGUUGUAUUUGUUUUUGCCUUUUUUCUUUUGUAAACUAAUUU